CUCAGUCAGUCAUGAGUAUGCAAGCACUUGUGGUACUUGCACUCCUUGUGGUUGCGGCUUCUGCUGCACCAUGGACCUCGCUCUAUGGCAUGUCUUCUACGGUGGCACUGGAGGCCAUUUCCACCACCACGGGCCAACCUGUGGAAGUCUCUUCAUCGUUGCCGUAUGAGGCGCAAGGUCAAGGUCUGGCUACUCUUGAUGAAGAGCUUGGCAUCUACUACAUCAUUGGAACCAACGUUUCUGCUUCAAACGCAGUCAAGCUAGUCGGCGUUUCGGUGGCGACAGGCAACGUGGUGGCCGAGACACCGCUUCCCUUCCAAUCGUCCGAGCUCAUCGGCGUGGGACAGUACCUGGCUUAUGACUCGAUCCGUGGCGCAGUGCUGGCUGUCGGGCAGGACUUUACAACCAACGAGUACAUUCUUGUUCGCGUUGCUCCCAUCACUCACAAGAUGACUCGUCUCGCCGUCAUUCCCGACGUGCACAUGCUCGAUGUUCUCGGCGGCUGCGCGGUGUAUGAUCCGUCGGUCGACACGUUUUGGAUCCAGCUCGCCCUCAACGUUACCGGCGACAUCCAGAUCAAGUUUUACGGCUUCUCGGCUGGUGAUGGUCAGCUCUCGAACAUCAUCGACAAUCCUGAGUUUGUCGAGGCCAUGGUGUACGAUCCGAACGCGUCGCGUCUCGUCGGCCUCGGCGCCGAGGAGACCAAGACUGGCGGCCUCCAGCGGACGCUGGUGUACUUUGACUCGGCCACUGAUCAGUUUACAGUUGCCGGCACCAUACCCGAGUACCAGAACGUCAUGUCCGAUGUCCUCACCAUCGACGUCGCCUCCCGGCAUCUCAUCUUCCUCGCCCACAAGAGCAACUCGUCGUCGUUUGAUGAUGGCGCCGCCGAGCUCCGCGCCAUCGCCGAGGCGUACAACCGCGAGUACACGCCGAUUCAGUCCCACAUUGUGCGCAAGGCCCGUGCCGCCGCUGCCCGUGCCGCAAACGAGCUCACUGGCACCACUCUCCCGUCGAUGGAUCUCGUCCAGUACUCGCUCCAUGCCAUGAAGGUUAUGGCCGCCCCGCAGGCCUGUGCCCACUUCCCCCAAUGCCCGUGGAGCAUCAAGUUUGCCAACCCACAGUCGCCGUCGCCGUGAUGGGCCUGGCAGAUAAACACAUCCGAUUUUCCGA